GUCACGUGGUUCCAUGCCGUCUGCGUCCCUGGUGUUUAGCGGUGGAGGAGAAAAACACCCGCGUCUUUCUGACUUCUUUUCUUGAAUAAAACACAAACAAACAAACAUGGAAAUCGGAACAGAAAUCAGCAAGAAAAUAAGAGCUGCCAUCAAAGGAAAGCUUCAAGAGCUCGGUGCAUACAUCGAUGAAGACCUUCCUGACUAUAUCAUGGUCAUGGUGGCAAACAAAAAAACCUCCCAUCAAAUGACUGAUGAUCUGUCUCUUUUCCUUGGAAACAACACUAUAAAGUUCACAACCUGGCUGCAAGGAGUCUUGGAAAAAUUACGAUCUGUUGCUGGAGAGCCUGCUUCACUCAGACAUCAGCUGCAGUCUGACAGUGGUGCUGUUUCAAAAAGCCGAAUGACUGCCGGGGAACACAGCAGAGCUGAAGAGUCCAGGUUGUUGAUGGUGUCGAGCUCACGCUCUGACAGGACUGAAGCCCGCGUGUCCAGCUCCGCUCAUGAGAGCAGGAGGGGGACCGUUGAAACCAGUUCCUCACAACUUACCUCAACUGUCAAGCCGCUAAUGGAGACGCUCCCCUCGGAGGCAGUUAUUGACAUCAAACCAGAGAUGGACGACGACCUCAUUGGUGACGAUCCUGUAGAUAUGAACAACCACGGUCGUACGCACGGCGCAUCGAGUAGAUCCGCCGCUGAACUCUAUAGAGCCGGCCAAGGCAAGUUCACAUCCAUGGGUUCUGCGGCCACGAGUCGGUCCGCAGAAGGAUCCUCUCACUCCAGGCAGCCGCAGGACAGCAGAAGCAGGAGCUCCAGAAAUGGAUCCAGUAAGUCAGAAGAGCUGUCCCGGAAGCGAAAGGCUCCAGUUGCGAGUUCGGUGGUCCGAGUGAGCCGAGCAGCCGAUGAAGACAGUGACGAGGUGGAAGAGGACGACCCGAGCUACGGCGGCAGAGGACUGUCCAGCAGAGUGUCUCUCCCCUCCAAACCAGAGCGAAAACCGACUCUUCCACCGACCAAGCAAGCCACCAGAAACCUGAUACUGAAGGCCAUCUCUGAGGCUCAGGACUCCAUCACAAAAACUACAGCUUACACAAUACCACAGAGACAGACUGUUCCUGUGGCGCCUCGCACUCGACUGGCCAACAGUGAGGAGAUGACCGCAGCCAUCCAGCUCGUCCAGGAGCAUCUCCACAGCCUGGCCCCAAGGGACCCGGCCUACACCUCCACCAGUCUACCUCCGUCCAGGACGGCCUCAGGUCCAGAGAGAUCUUUAGCUACUCGCCUUCAGCUGGAGAGACACGAAGGAAAUAAACCUCAUGAAUUUGGUGUGGAAGUCACUGCAGGCAGUGAGGGAAAGGCGUCCGAUACACGCUCCUUCAUCGUCAGUCGGGGUCAGGUGGAAGAAUCUCCGGCCAGACACCAGCAGCACGUUCUGUCGUCUUUACCACGCACGGUUCAAGCCAGUAAGGACAGAGUGGAGUCCAACAGCCCCAAAUUCAUCGUGACGCUGGAUGGAGUCCCGAGCCCGCUGGGGAACCUGGCCGACUGUGACAUGGAGCUGGAUCAUGUGAGACCCCCCACCAAGGUCACUGAGGCCGGUGGCCACGCCCACAAGCAGCCCAAAGUCAGCAUCCUGGACAGGAUACAAAGCACCGUCCCAUCAUCAGAAGAUGACUUGCUGGACGUAGAGAUGGCAGAAGACGAAGACGAAGACGACGUCCCUCUGAAGAAGCAAAAGGUGCUGGAGCGCUGCAAGUUCUGGCCGGUCUGCAAGAGCGGAGAUGAGUGUCUGUACCAUCACCCGACAACCCAGUGCAAGACGUUUCCCAACUGCAAGUUUGGAGAUAAAUGCCUCUUUGUGCAUCCUAACUGUAAAUACGACGCGCGGUGCACCAAGCCAGACUGUCCCUUCACUCACGUGAGCCGCAGGAGCGCCGCGGCUCCUCCGCCCAGACCAGCGCUGCAGCCGUUACAAAGCACAAGCGUGUGCCGCUUCUUCCCAGACUGCAUGAAGAUGGACUGCCCCUUCUUUCAUCCCAAGGCUUGUCGCUUUGCGGCGCAGUGCAAACGAGCCGGAUGUACCUUUUACCACCCGACCACAGCCGUGCCUCCCAGACACGCCCUGAAGUGGACCAAAGCACAGAGCAGCUAAUUUUACGCACUGCGAGUCAGCCACAAACCUCCUGGUCAACAUGUGAAGCUCCGGAAGAUGUGUGCCUCGAGUGUCCAUGGAUUAUUAUUACAUUUAUCUACUUUUCUUUCUCUUAACUUGUUGUUUUAGAAGGAUUUUUAAGUGGAUUGUCUUGUUUGAAAUUUUACCGUUUCGCUGAUGCUCAAGAAAUAAUAAAUAAUUGACUAUUGCG